GAUUGGCUGGGCGCAUUUUAAAGGGGCAGACAAGGCGCGCUUUUUCUACCCUCCGACCUUUCCUUUCCUCUUCGCUUCCCUUCCCUUCUCGCCUCAGCCGCGCGGAGAAUUACCGUCCUCCGGCCGGCAGCCCGCAGCCAGCCAACCAGGCGGGCAAGCGGGCGAGGAAGCGAGCCGGAAAAGCAGCGAACGUGAGCCUCCGUCGAGCCCCGGUCCGGCGGGGCGGACGGGAUGAAGAGGGGCGCUCCCCGCCCGCGACGACUCCGACCACGACGGGCAAGAAGGCGGCGGCGGCUGCGGUGGUGGCAGCUAGGCCCCGCCGCGGCGUUGCUAUGGAAACGGGCGGCGACGGCGGCCGCCGAGGGACAGAAAGGUUGCCGGAGCGGCGCCUGAGGCGCGCCGAGCGCGAGCGGCUCCCGCCGCCGCCGCCGCCGUUUCUGACGGGCGCCUCGGCCGCCAUGGAAGGCCGGUCGGUCGGCCUUCCGAGCCAGGCCUCUCCGUCGGUCAAAGCCGCCUUGGCUUCCCCUCCGCGCUACCGCCUGGUGUCGGAAAUCGGGCGCGGGGCCUACGGCGUGGUCUACGAGGCGGUGUCGGGCCGCAGCGGGGCCCGCCUGGCCGUCAAGCGGCUGAGGUGCGACGCUCCGGAGAACGUGGAGUUGGCCCUGGCCGAGUUCUGGGCCCUGACCAGCCUCCGACGGCACCACCCCAACGUGGUGCGCUUCGAGGAGUGCGUCCUGCAACGCGACGGGCUCGGGCAGCGGAUGAGCCACGGCAACAAGCAGAGCGCGCUCUACCUCCGCCUGGUCGAGACCUCCCUCAAGGGUGAGAGGAUUCUGGGUUACGCCGAAGAGCCUUGUUACCUGUGGUUCGUCAUGGAGUACUGCGAAGGGGGAGACCUGAACCAGUACAUUCUUUCCCGCAGGCCCGACCCGGCCACCAACAAGAGUUUCAUGCUCCAGCUGACCAGCGCCAUUGCGUUCCUGCACAAAAACCACAUCGUGCACAGAGACCUGAAGCCGGACAAUAUCCUGAUCACCGAGCAGUCGGGAGUUCCGGUUCUCAAAGUCGCAGACUUUGGGCUGAGCAAAGUGUGCGCGGGAUUGACCGCCCGAGGCAAGGACGGCGACGGCGACGACGACAAAAAUGUGAAUGUGAACAAGUACUGGUUAUCCUCGGCUUGCGGUUCGGAUUUCUACAUGGCUCCCGAAGUGUGGGAGGGACACUACACGGCCAAAGCGGACAUCUUUGCGCUGGGCAUCAUUAUCUGGGCCAUGAUCGAGCGGAUAACCUUCAUCGAUGCCGAGACCAAGAAAGAACUCUUGGGGACUUACGUCAAGCAGGGGACCGAGAUUGUACCUGUCGGGGAAGCUCUGCUAGAAAACCCAAAGAUGGAGUUGCACAUUCCUCAGAAACGCAGGACUUCCAUGUCUGAAGGAAUCAAACAGCUGCUGAAAGACAUGUUGGCUGCUAACCCGCAAGAUCGACCCGAUGCCUUUGAGCUUGAAUCGAGGAUGGACCAGGUUACUUGUGCUGCUUAAACUCAGGUCAAAGUGUUGGUGGGCUCUGAAAACAGGGAUUGUUUACUGGGACCUGGAGUCUCCCCGAUGACAAGUACAUGAAAACUUUAAGAAGCGACUUAACAUAAACACCAAGUUCUCUGGUAAUCGUGAAACUUUGAGACUCGUCUGGAGGCCCCGGGAGAUUCAGGGAGAGCAGGACCUGCUGCAACCGACUUCAUUAUAAGACUAUUAAAUCCUCUUUUCUUUUUUUUUACAUUUCCCCCCUUCCUUUUUUGUUUUCCUGCCAGCUCACCUUUGCUUAUUUGCUUGAUCUGCGCAGUUCAUCUGGAAUUCCUCUUUCACUUAAACAAAAUACUGAAAAACAAACAAAAAAAACCCAGCAAAUAAUUUUCUGUUGCUGCUACUGUUAAGUCCCAGAAUUCUGGGACAAAAUGUACAUAAGGUUUUGGGGGGGGGUUUUCCCCCCUCCUCUCCUAAUGUCGUUGAGCAGGGUGAUACUUAGUUGAGAGGAUGAAGAUCUGUGACAAAAUUUUAUUUUUUAUUUGGGUUUCUGGUUGCUGCUGCUUGGCUCCUAAAGCUAGAAACACAGUUGAACUCGCAUUUCUCCUGCUCUCCUUUCUUCAGAAUGACCUACAUCAGGGGACCUAAAUAUAUGAUAUAUCAGAUAGGGAUAUUUAAGGUAGACACACAGACACAAACCCUUUCAAGGUGGCUGCUGGGUUAGAAACCCAGAUCUAACCAUGACAGGAGCCUGUGUUUCUGUGUGCCAAAUUUUACAGAAAGGUGUGCGGGGUUUAGAAGUGAUAGAAAACAUCCAUAGAAACGGUCUUUUAUGUAGAAAAAGUUAUCCUAAGUCUGUAUCUAGGGGUUAGUAGCUUACUUAGCUGGUCCUUGGCUGGCUAAAUUCAGCCAGCCUGAAAUCAAGGGGCUAUCUUAACAUCACCUUUUCCUAAUUUUAGCAGUCAAUCUUCUUGAAAUUUCUUCCCUUCCACAGAAGUACAAGCCCUUUCUUACUUCUUGAAGGCUUCUUCAAAGCUAAGAGUAUCUUUUUCACCACUGCAGCUGUCGGGUCCCUACGUUUAUGCAUCCACAAAAGAAUUAUUCCCAGUUUUAAACGCUCUCCUAAGUAUCUCUCCCCUAAGAUUAUCAUUCCAUGGGUCCUUGAAAGUCUUAAGCCAGUUGCUUCUGCUCAGUGACGGGGACCAAUAGGUUGGUCUUGGGGUUACCGCUGUUCGUUCAGAGGCAGGAAGCCAUGGUUAGAAUCAGCAUCAUAAAACCGAAUCGGUGCUUUGCCUUUCGCCCCUGGUCUAAGACGAACUGGGUCGUUUGAAAUUGGUUACCGAGGUCGUCUGUCAAUUUCUCGAGGAUUGAGUGCUGCAGCUAUUGAAACGGAUUUACUCUACAAAAUACCGGCGUUCCUUAGUUAUGUGCAGCCAGUUUUAGACCAUGAAUAUCAGUCUUAUCGUGGAUGGAACGUGGCUUGCAAGGUUUUUCAUUUGCAAAGCCUUCUACGCAGCCCUGACUGACAAGACAGAGCUCAAAAGAGGUCCUUUGGAAAUCCAAGAUGAACUAGUCUAAACUGAAACUAUUUCCCGAGAGAAGUUGCACGCUACCAAAUGUUUCUGUUAUCAUCUGAACUAGCCAGUUUGGGGAGGGGGGAAGAGUUGGAGCCAAAUUUAGGGUGUUGACAAGUCCUGUUUUGAACCCGUUGCCCAGAAUUAAGAUUUGAGAACUCCCCUUUUCCUGUAGAGGUCCAUUCAGCCAGGCAUCCUACCUAUCCCAGGGCACAAGCCAUGUCACAUUGCGUGUCAAAUGUCCCAUGAGCUUUCGUGCUGCUCCAGUCAAGGGGCCCUCGCGUUUUACUGCUGCACUUUGAGGGAUGUUUGUGUGGGGUGCGAGUGUGUGUAUGUGGAGGAAGCCUCGUGGGCAGAUGCCAUUGUGCGAUUUCCUUUCCCUGUUGGUGAGGUUAAUGCUUUUGUGGUGAUAGCUUAGAUCUUUGCGGACUUCCAACUCCCAGAAUUCCAAAGGCAGCCAUGCUGGCUGGGGAAUUCUGGGAAUUGAAGUCCGCAGGUCUUAAAAGCUGCGGACACUCCUGGCUUAGACCUUAUUAAAGUGCCUUAUUCAAGGAUUUUGAAAGCCUCUUGCAAGAAAUACAUUAAAGCUAAGGAAAGAGCUCUUUGGGUUGUGAGUUCAGCACAGCCCCGGUUCUUUCUCCAUUUUGCAAUCUCUUUGUCCGUGUCGGUCUUCUUCUCGGUUGCCCACAAAAGCUCUUUAGAAAUGGAUCGACGCUUCUUGGGUUGGCCGCAUCAGGUGCCAACCGCAGCAUCUCCUCCUUAGGUCUUUUGCCCUCCUUCCUAAGGACGAGAGCCUCUCCCGGGUGUGACCUUCCUUUAACUUAAUGGAUGUGACUGUGUUGUGUAACAAGCAAUAGACCUUUGGCCCCAGGAUCCUGGUGUCUCCUGGGUUUCAGACACAACAACUGGGGUUCCUGCAGAAGGAUCUCCCCCACCUUGACUCAGAAGUCCCUGUCCCUCCCCACCCCACCCCCACUCAGUCGCUGGUGAUAUGAAUGUUGAAUGGAGAUUGCUAAUUUAUUAUUGAGAGCGAUCAGAUCUCGCCAGCGUUUUUAAAAAAAAAUAAGUUAUUUGGGGAUCGAUUGGCGGUUUUUUUUUUAUUCUCGAGUUUAUUUUAAGCUGUUUACAUCUCUGUUUGCUGUUUACAGUGUGGGCUUUGCGCUUUGACCCCCGGCCCAUUCGUAGAACCUUCCUCCCCCCAGCUCCUCCAUCAUCUUUUCCACACGACGGAAUCUCUACUUUCGAUUGCACGGAUGGCAGAGGCUGGUAUCAAAGCUGGCAUUAUCUCAGCAGCUUUUCGAAGGGUGCCAACGUGUUCCAUCCGCACCUGUCUUCUCUUUUGUACAUCUGGCCGUCUCUCUCCCCGUUUCCCCUUUUUUACCCCAUUGCAUUCUCCAUUUGACUUUCAGCUUGGCAGAGGAAUUUAAAAAAAAAAAGAGGAGUCCGUCGUGGGUAGUUCUGUACCAUCGAGAAACUAAGCCUGAACUCCCCUUUGGCUUUGAUCAGAUUCUAAGGCCAGUCGCAGGAAACGACUUCCAAAUCCCAGAAUUCCUGAGCCAACCAUGGCUGGCUGAGGAAUUCUGGGAGUUGAAGUCCUCAGGUCAUAAAGGGGACCUAGUUCCCCACUUGUUCUAGGCCAAAAGUAAGCUCUUUUGGCAAGGUUGUGUUAUCAGUAUCUCUUCCUCCCACUGUAAGGUUGGAAAACGAGAGGACUUUCCCUCACAAUAACUGACUAGUCAAAGAUAGCCGUGACAAAGACUCUAGCUGCUGUCGUCGCAGUCUGGGUUGUAGUGAGCGUUAGGGUAGGAACCCAACACACCAUUCUUGAUCAACCCAACGCAUGACGUUCCUGGUUAUAAGUCUUCCUUCCCGCCAGCUUUGGGGGCAGCUGGAUACCUAGGUAGCAAUAGAUGUCACUAGCCUAAGGCCUGGGAGGCUUUGGCCUAUUGAGGGAAGACCGAUCAUCAACCACUGUUGACGUUGGCCAAGAUCUAGGGUGUUCAACUCAACUGGGGUACGGUGGAGUGGGGGAAUCGCAAUUGUUGAGUUGGGCAUUAGGAACUAGAAGCAUAGCGUCUGGAGAUCAACGGCGUGAGAGCAGAAGACACUGCCCGGGGCACUCGGGAACCCUACUCACCGUCAUGAGGACUAUUCUCUUUGCAGGUUGGUCAACUUCUAGGGCUGUGCGUUGACCUUCCCCGUUGGCCCACGGGGAUGAGGGAGGGGUUCAAGCCCUCAGGAUGUCCACUUCUGCAGAUGUUGUGCUGAAGAGUUGAGGUGCUCCUCAUCGGCCUCGCAAUCUCCAUACCUUCGCUCCCUCAGCUUCCCACACUGCCAGACUAAUUUUAUAGAGCAAUAAUUUUUUAAAAAAAUCCAUAGGUGUGUGCGCACGCGAGAUAGAUUCCAGUCUUGUCUUUAUCCAUUGUAUCUAGUUAUCAUCUGGAUUGAAGUCCUUGGUUGCCUGGUGGGCCUUCACUAACCCGUAGCAAUGGCUGACCCAAACAGGCUGUCAGGAAGGGGGUAGAUCUGCUUUUCCAGUGACCAAAUGGUUCAAUCUUAAAGAGCGCAGCUGGGGACGUUCCUUCAAAACUAGACUUUUAGCCAGCCCUGGGUUUUGUUGUGGCUGCUAGAAAUUCUCCUUUGUGGCUUCUCCUUUGUGGCUUCUGACACAACAUAUAUCGGGGGUGUCCAAUCUAGGCAACUUUUAAGACUUGUGGACUUCAACUCCCAGAAUUCCCCAGCCAGCUUUGCUUUGCUGGCUGGGGAAUUCUGGGAGUUAGAAGUGUACAAGUCUUAAAAGUUGCCUAGAUUGGACACCCUCAAUUUAUUCCACAAGCCCAGUGUUCCUAAAUGAGAGAAGAUGACUUGAACAGAACAUCUGAGAACUUGCUUUUUAAGCAUCUGGCGCCAUUUCUCUCUCGAGCUUUGCUCAAGUUUUUCAGAGAGGAGAAAUCUUUUGAGGCACCCCGAGGCAUCUCAACCUGCACGGAAUUAAAAUGAUUGUCGCAAAAAGCUGUCGGAAGUUGACGGCUAGAUUUCGUUUGUUGUUUU